AUUCCACCAAUUAUAUGCAUACUAAAAGUAAAAGUAUCUUCUUCUGGAAAUAAAUGUCACGAUCCACAUCCAAAGGAGAUUCGUGUCACCACCUUACUCUCCACGCGUCAUCAUCUUCCCCAUCCUACAUGCUAAUAAUAGAAACCAAACUUAAAACUUAGAAAGAAAAUAAAAACGUACAACAAAAGAGCAAACAAGAUUACGCCAUGUGUCCUGCCAUCUUUAAAACCAAAACCCUCGCGUUCAGUUACACGUAACUCCAAAGUCGCAGACUUAUGUGUCUAACUUUAAUCGCAUCGCACCUUAAAGCCCCCACUCCUCGCUCUCCCAUUGGUCCGUCACUCCCCCCUCGUACCGCGAGUCUCAUGUCGGACCCAAACAUCACGCCACGUCUCUACUCUUUCGUCCAAUCACGUCGUUGCGCUGUUCAUCGUUUGGUCUCGCACGUGGCAGAGUUUUCUCCGAACGUGUCGAACGUAACAGUAUCGUUUCUUUAUAUACCAAACACCAACACGCUUCACCUUUCUCCAACAAAACCAAAAACUAAACUGGUUUGUUAG